AUGUCAGAGCACCAGCCCAACCGCUGGGACUACAUUAUUAUUGGCGCCGGCUCGGCAGGCUGCGUGCUGGCCAAUCGCCUGUCAGCUGACCCCAAUUGCCGGGUGCUGCUGCUGGAAGCAGGACAGUCUGACCGGCGCAUUGCCAGUCGGGUACCUGCCGCCAUUGGUUCAGCCAUCAUGAGCCCAAAAAUGAACUGGCAGUACGAGGGCAGCCCUGAUACGUCCCGGGCAAACCGCAGCGAUAUGUGGCCCGCAGGCAAAAUGCUGGGGGGUGGUAGCUCGCUGAACGGCAUGAUGUUUGUCCGCGGUCAUCGCUGGGACUACGACCACUGGGCGCAGCUGGGUAACCCAGGCUGGGAUUAUCAAAGCGUGCUGCCUUACUUUCGCAAACUGGAAAAUAACGAACGGGGUGCUGAUGCCUGGCGCGGUGUGCAUGGUCCGCUAUCCGUGUCCAAUGUCCGCGUUCCACACCCUUUGACCGAAGCGUUCGUUGCGGCCAUGACCGAGCUUGGCGUUGAACGAAAUGCUGAUCUAAAUGGAGAAAACCAGGAGGGGGUGGAUUACUGUCAGGUCACGCAGAAACGCGGAUUUCGCCACAGCACGGCCAGCGCCUACUUAGAUACCAUCAAGCGCCGACCAAAUCUAAAAAUCACCACCGGAACACUGGCCACUCAUAUUGGCUUUGACUACAAACGUGCAAGCUGGGUGGACUAUCAAUUGGGCAACGUUGGACACUCGGCAACAACCAGUCGAGGAAUUGUUGUUUGUGCUGGGGCGAUUGCCUCUCCCUGCCUGCUGCAGCGAUCCGGUGUUGGCGACGUUGAUCAUCUGAAAACGCUGGAAAUUCCGGUAGUAACCCACCGACCGGGUGUGGGCCACAACUUGCAGGAACAUCCUGGCAUGAUUGUCAGCGCCCACGUCAAUCAACGAACGCUGACCAGCGAUCGAAACCCGCUGCGCGCCGUGGGUCAUGGUCUGAACUAUUUGGUUCGCGGUCGCGGCCCGUUGUCCAACCCGGUGGGUCACGCCCAGGCGUUUGUACGCACCCGGGAAAAUUUGCCUGCCCCCAACAUUCAGAUUAUUUUCUCACCCCUGUCUUACGAUCAUCACGAAGGCGGCGCCACAGCCUAUCCAAAGCCUGCGAUCAACCUGGCGGUUGGGUUAUGCCGAGUGGCCAGUCGCGGCGAAAUCCAGCUGUCGUCCAACGAUCCCCAGGAGUAUCCGAGCAUCACCUACGCGCUGCUGGAUGAACCGGAUGACGUUCGGCAAUUGAUGGAGGGCAUCCGCUUUACCAGACGGCUUUACGAUACGCAAAGCUUUGGCUCAGCGUUUGUUGAUGAACGCAAACCCGGCGCCCACGUUAGCGACGACGAGGCACUGGAGCAGUGUAUCCGGGAACAGAGCUUUCUCAUGUACCACCCCUGCGGUACCUGCGCCAUGGGAACCGGACCCGAGGCCGUCGUCGAUGCGCAACUGAAAGUGCAUGGUGUUCAAGGGUUAUGGGUUGCGGAUGCAUCCGUGUUCCCCACGAUCCCGGCGGGCAAUAUCAACGCCAGCUCAAUCAUGGUUGGCGAGAAGGCCGCUGACCUGAUCCUGGCCCAACAGAAAAAGGCGGCAGCAUGA